AUGGCGCUGCCCAUGUUAAGAGGUUGCAACUGUAGCAGACUGCCUUCAGUACUGAGUCGUUUCUUGAAACCCGAGCACGUUGUACUUCCCCGGCCCAACAAGACCACCCGCCUGGCUCCUACUUUGUCCGUUGGUGUUGUAUCUACAGUCCGAGCUUACAGCUCUGAUCGAGGUGGAGGUAAACAAAACCAGAAGGUGGUUGUGCUUGGCUUUCCCAACCCUUUAAUAUGGUUCAGAACCCGAAUAUACUACUUUUUGAUUCGGGUCUAUUUUGACAAGGAAUUCAAGAUCGAAGAAUUCACAGAGGGAUCGAAACGGGUAGGUAGGUUACAAUCUGUAGAAUGGGUGGUCUCUAGCUAGUGGAAGCUAGCUAGAACAGAAGUACUUUAUUUCUUAAGGUAAUGUUAUUUAGACAAAUCCAGCUAGACAAGGUGGGCGUUACUGCAAUCCAAGUUUUGUGCACAGUUCAGUUCUGGUUAAAUAAGUGACUGGUCCCCCCCCACUGUGCCAUUACAUUUCAGAUUGGCAAAUGGGAGCUCACCAAGGGUUGAGGGAAGGGAAUGAAUUAUCACAGUAGUCUCAUUCUCCAGACCCUGCAUGCCUGGUGUGCCAUACAUUUAUUUGCCAUAAGCACUGAAUGACCUAGAAUAUUCGUUUUGUCAUUGUUGUUCUAAAAACAUUUCUCUCCUCUCUCAGGGCGGAAGUUUGCCAGCAUUCUGAUGAGGUACUGGUAUCUGACAAGUGCCCGGUUGCCUGAGGAAUCAUUGGAGGGAACACGUAUCUUUCAGGUGGCCAUAGGUGGUGAGGGUGAGCCAGAGACUAAGAGACUGCUCACAGCCAACUAUGAGUGAGUUUUCUUUUUAGUUUUUUUGCUAAAGUGCAAUGUGUCACAGUUGAUUUAAUGGUCUGCAGUUGGAGGUGGCUGUGAUAAAGCAUUCAUACUUAGUAUCUCUCUGACAAAGCGAGAACACUGAGGAUGUGUUUACACAGGCAACCCAAUUCUGAUAUUUUUGCCACGAAUUGGUGUUUUGACCAAACAGAUCAAAUAUUUUGCCAAUAAUUGUGAAAAAGAUCAGAAUUGGACUGUCUGUGUAAAUGCAGCUUACGUCUGCAAACAGUCUCUCAGGGAUGAGCCCACUGAGAUCCUAGAUCUGUUCCCAAGGAACAACUACCUGCAUUAACCUCCUUUGCAUGACUGUCAAAUGUCUCAAGUGUUUAGUGUUUAGACUUCCUGUUUAACAACUCUUAUCUAUCAUGGCUGUUGGCAGAUUCCAAAGGGAGUUUACUAAGGGGGUGUCGCCAGACUGGACCAUCACCAGGAUAGAGCACUCCAAGCUGCUGGAUUAA